AUGUCGCAAUAUCAAUUUACUGCAGUGUGGCGCGCUGGCAAGUCUCUAUGCAUCCCAGAUGCACUUUCUCGUGCACCAGUCACCUCUGAGGAUAUGACUGGCUGUGCUGAGGUAAUGGCACAUGUCAGAUCUGUCAUCAACGCUACAACAGCUUCCCAGGACGAGGAUUCCCCAACCAUUGAUGCCGACCGGACCCUACAGGACAUGUCGAUAGCAGCACAGGCCGACCCCACCUACGUUCGCCUUCACGAUUGCAUCAGUUCUGGGUUUCCCACGAAUCGGUACGACUUACAUGCAUCGUUAUCACCGUACUGGAAGCUGCGAGAAGCCCUCUCUACUGAUGGCAACCUUGUGCUCUACGGGGCAAGAAUACUAGUUCCUGCAGCUCUACGUCACCACACACUCGCCAGACUCCAUGAUAGUCACCGUGGUGUCGAGGCUACCAAACGUCGGGCUCGACAAACCGUCUUCUGGCCUGGGAUAGACCCGGACAUCGCCAACACCGUCGCUGCCUGCGAGCCGUGCCAAGUCCUGCGUCCCAGCCAACAACAGGAGCCUCUCCACAACGACGACCAUCCAUCCAGGCCCUUUGAGUCGGUAUCGGCGGACUUCUUCCAGGUAGCUGGGAAGUCCUUUCUUGUAGUCGCCGACCGCCUCUCUGGCUGGCCUGUGGUUGUCCCUUGCAAGGGUGACACUACUGCCUCCUCGACCAUACGGCACUUCUGCCGCUACUUCAGAGAGGUGGGUGUUCCCUUAUGCCUGCGCACCGAUGGAGGACCUCAGUUUACCAGCAAAGAAUUCGCCGACUUCACAGAAUAUUGGGGUGUACACCACAUCACCUUGUCGCCACAUUACCUACAGUCUAAUGGACACGCUGAGGCCGCCGUCAAGGCUGUCAAGCACUUGAUCCUCAAAACAGCCCCUACAGGAAACAUUGACUGUGAGGAUUUCGAUCGUGGUCUCCUUGAGUUGAGAAACACACCCAACCAGUCUGGUCGCUCUCCUGCCCAGGUACUGUAUGGUCACCCUCUCCGUACAUGUGUGCCUGCCCAUCCUCAGUCUUUCACAGAAGAUUGGCGGGAAAAGGCCCAUGACUGUGACCGCCGAGCCGCUGCCAGAGCUGCUCAGGUGCAGCGCAACUAUGACGCCCACGCCCGCCACCUGCCCAGGCUUAAUGUGGGCCAACAUGUCCGCCUCCAGGACCUGACAUCCCACCGAUGGGACACAGUUGGGAUUGUCAUGGGUGGUGCACGAUCACGCGAGUACGAGAUCCGUCUCCCAAGUGGUCGAGUGUUACGUCGGAACCGUCGCUUCCUAUAUCCACUGCCCAGCCCCAGUCAAGUUCCCAACUCUGAUCUCCCUGUGGUCCCUAGCCCAGACAUGGAAAAGUCAUCAAUUCCCUCCAAAGCCCCUCACAGGUCCCCAAGAUUGAACAGGCCUACAUAA